UUUAAACAUGGCGGCAGAUUUGGGUGUAAUAUCUUGACAAUUAAGGUCUCCUACAAGCUGAUGCAAUAUGCCAGUGUAUGUUCCCUACAAAGAUUUAUUUCAAGACUAACCAGAAGUUGAUGAUGUUGAGAGUCUUAGGCGCUUGUAGCCUUCACUGUGAACAAUGUUUAAAAAGGAAAGCUACAGAGAGAGCUGAGAUUUUUCUCUCAAAACAUGUUGCUUCAGGGAGAUGUAUCAAUUAUCAUAAAAACCACAUUCACACUUUGUUAAAUUUGAGACAAAGGAACAUUCAAACAUUUGUCAGAAUGCCCUAUGGAAUGUUUCCUAUCGCCACACGGAUUCUUAUAAACAGGGGUCUGAAAGGAGAACGCAUGUUUACUACAGGGAUCUUGAGGGCUAUGAUGCGAGUAACAAGAGUAAGGUACCUUCUUCUUGGCACAGCAGGUGCAGGAGGCAUUGCUGCAAAAGUGACAUAUGAUUCCUGGAAGGACAAGUGGCUAAAAUUUCAAGAAACAUUACCUGAAUUUAGCUGGUUGAAAGAUCUGCAAGAAAAUCUACCAGACUGGUCCAAUACAUUUUCAGAAGGCUCAGAUGCCACUCGCAGCCUUGUUGAGAGCUUUAAGGAUUUUGUGGAUGAAUUUUGGUCUUCAGAAGUCAGCCCUCCAGUGGUGUCUGCUGCUAUUAAACAAGAAAAUGGUGAAAAGACUUCAUCACCAAAGAAAACAGCUAUGGAAAAGAUGCAAGAACGUUUAGAGAAAUCUCAAGAAGAACUUAUUGAAAUGCAGCAAAGAUAUCAACGAGAGAUCGAAAAGCUUGAACGAGAUAAUAGAGAGUUGCGAAAACAAGUUAUCAUUCUGAAGGGUGACAGCAUGCCAACCCCCAGAAAGAUAAGGAAAUCUUUGAUUGACAUGUAUUCUGAUGUUCUGGACUUGCUGUCAGAGUAUGAUGUGAGCUAUAACACCACAGACCAUCUUCCAAGGGUGGUAGUGGUUGGUGAUCAAAGUGCAGGCAAAACAAGUGUCUUAGAAAUGAUUGCCCAAGCUAGGAUUUUUCCUAGGUUAGUUACAUCUUUUAUGCACAGUAUUGUAAAAUGGUAAUAGCUUCCUUUUAACCAUUCAGUAACUUUCUUUUCACUGUACAUGUGCUUUAACAUAGUUUGAAUCUUGCAGCUCAAAGCUCUGAGGCAGGAAAUCGAAAUGCGAAUGCGAAACAGUGUUCAACAUGGACAGACAGUUAGUCCUGAGGUGAUAUCUCUGAGUGUGAAAGGCCCAGGACUUCAUCGCAUGGUGCUGGUUGACCUUCCAGGAAUUAUUGGGACAAUCACAGCUGGAAUGGCAGAAAACACAAAGGAUGACAUUGUUGAAAUGAGCAGGAAGUACAUGCAGAACCCAAAUGCAAUAAUCUUGUGUAUUCAAGAUGGCUCUAUUGAUGCUGAAAGGAGUAAUGUCACUGAUUUAGUGAGCAGCAUGGAUCCAGCAGGGAAAAGGACAAUCUUUGUGCUGACAAAAGUAGACUUAGCAGAGCAGAACGAUGCCAACCCCAGCCGGAUUAAACAAAUACUGGAAGGGAAGCUUUUCCCAAUGAAAGCUUUGGGUUACUUUGCAGUUGUGACUGGAACAGGUAAUACCAGUGAAGGGAUUGACGCCAUUCGUGGCUAUGAAGAAGAAUUCUUCAGACACUCUAGACUUUGCAAGUCUGGAGUUUUCAAAGCCAGUCAAAUGACGACGCAAAACCUGAGCUUUGCUGUUUCACACUGCUUCUGGAAAAUGGUGCGAGAAUCGAUUGAGCAGCAGGCAGAUUCGUACAAAGCGAAGCGGUUCAAUCUUGAAACGGAAUGGAAAAACUGUUUUCCGAAGCUGAGAGAGUUGGACAGGAAUGAGCUGUUUGAUAAAGCUCGUAACGAAAUCCUGGAUGAAGUGCUUACCCUAAGUGAGAUCACGCCACAGAUGUGGGAAGACAUCAUCACCAAACACUUGUGGUCGGCGGUGUCUUCACACUUCAUAGAAGCCAUCUACUUGCCCGCCGCACAGGCGGAUAAUCCAAGCAAUUUUAACACGUCUGUUGACAUCAAGCUGAAACAGUGGGCCGACAGGACACUGCCUGAUAUUUCUGUCAAGGUUGGUUGGGAAACACUCUUCGAAGAAUUCUCCAAAGCAAUGCAGGAACAGAAGAAUGAUAAAGACGGGCAUAGCCACUUAUUCGAGAAACUCAAAUCUGAACUAUCAGAUGAAUGCAAAAGAAGCCAUGUGUGGCAGUCAAAAGCCGUGGAUAGUCUGCGAGUAAUUCAGCUGACAGCACUUGAAGACUGGUCUGUGAGUGAGAAACAACAAUGGGACUCUGCAGUGAAAUUCAUGGAAGGAACCUUGCAAGAAGAAUUAGACAAAGCGUCUAAGGAAAUGUAUGACUUGCUUGGUCCUGGAAGGGCUGAGAGAUGGUUUUACUGGAAAUACAGAAGCAGAGAGCAACAACACCGUUCCUAUAUAAAGGACGAACUCCAGAGGUUGCUCCAAGCACACGAGAGACACGGUCCAGUUCUAGCGGACGAUGAACUUACCACAGUAAGAAAAAACUUGGAAACGAUCAGCGUGGACGUCUCGCCAGACCUGGUAACUGAAACUUGGAGCCAGUUGUAUCGGGAGCACUUUUUAAAGCAGGCCCUGGGGAACGUUCAGGAAUGUAGAAAUGCUUUCUACAGAAGAGAUUUGGUCAAGAAUGAGCUGGCAUGCAACGACGUGGUCCUAUUUUGGCGAAUCCAGAAGAUGCUACAAACUACAAGUAACGCCAUUAGACAACAAGUAAUGAACCAUGAAGCUCGCCGACUGGAGAAAGAGGUGAAACAAGUUCUGGAUGAAAUAAGCUACGAUCAGACAGCUAAAGAGCGACUCAUUCGAGGAAGACAAGUGGAUCUUGCCGAAGAAUUAAAACAUGUGAGACACAUUCAAGAAAGUCUGGAACAAUUCAUCGAAGCUUUGAACAGCGAGAAGUAGAUUAAAAUUCGAUAGAGUAAUCUUACGGAGUCCAAGUUGCAUAUACCACACACGACCGAAAAACUUGUAGGUGAUUAAUAAGAUCCAUCGACUGGCUUUUUUUCUUGCUUUUUACUCUGUAAAUUUGUGCUCGAAAGAGAUUUCCUCUCAGGUCCUGUAUCGCAUCCUUGAGUGUAUUGUGAGCAAUACUGAAUGUUUUUUCACUGAAAAUGAGCAUAAAAUAAAGAAUUGUGUAUAAAUCGGGUACCAUUAUCCUUUUCCUUGAGGUUUGUACAAUUGAGUUAUUUGGGUUCAUUACGGAAAAGAUUUCCUAG